AUGACUGACAAGCUCCCACCCAACCUGCUUGCGCUGUUCGCGCCGCGCCCGCCCCUGCGAUGGGUUCCGCCCCCCGACCAUGCGCCUGAGCAACGACGAACUGCUCCCGUCUCCGGCAUCGCUGCCUUCCUCCCCGCGCUCGCCGAGUACAAAGACCAGGAUGGCUACGUUCCCACGGAGAGCUGGCUGCAGAUGAAAGACCGCAAAAAGCAGGAGCACAAGGCCAAGCUCGAACGGCUCGCGGCCGAAGGCCCUGUUGAUUACAAGCCGAAUGAAGACCCCAACAUUCGCGGCGACGCCUUCAAGACUCUCAUUGUCGCAAGGCUGUCCUACGAGGCGAACGAACAAGACCUCGAGCGAGAGUUUGGUCGUUUCGGCAACAUUGAGCGCAUUCGCAUCAUCACUGACACGCACGCCCAUGAAAAAUCCAAGAACAAGAAGAAGAAGCCCCAUCGAGGAUAUGCUUUCGUCGUUUUCGAGCGCGAAAGAGAUAUGAGAGCUGCUCUAGAUUCCUGCGAUGGAAUUCGAAUCAAAGAUCGACGUAUCAAGGUAGACGUCGAACGCGGCCGCACAGUCAAGGGUUGGAAGCCCCGCCGCUUCGGCGGUGGCCUCGGCGGCCGAGGCUACACGAAGGCCCUCCCUGCUAGGCCCAUGGGCGGGCCAGGUGGCUUCGGUGGAGGAGGCUUCAGGGGCGGAUUCCGAGGUGGCUUUGACGGCGGUCGCGGUCGUGGAGGUUUCCGCGGCGGCUUUGGCGGCCGCGGCGGUGGGUUCCGUGGUGGAGGUGACUUUGGUGGCGGCCGUGACCGCGGCGGUCCAGGCGGUCCCGGCGGUCCCGGCGGUCCAAAUGGUUUCCCCCGUGAUGCGCCCCAAGGCCCUGGCCGUGGCGGCUUCGGAGACCGUGAUCGCGGUUUCUCCAAUGGUGGUGGGUUCGACCGCGGCAGCGGUCGCUCGUUCGAUGACCGAUCUGGCGGUGGCCCGCGUGAUCGUUAUGGUGACCGAGACCGCGACAACCGACGCACAGGCAGCAACAUGGAGCCCGUUCGGCCCAGAGGUGAGGGCGGCUACCGUGACCGCGACAACAGAGACAGUAGGGACAACAGGGACAGCAGGGACAACAGGGACAACAGGGACAGCAGGGACAGCAGGGACGGCAGAGACAACCGGGACCGAGACUACGACCGCCCGCGCGACGACGACAACAGGAAACGCGGGUACGACGGCGGUGGCUACGAGGACCCACGCAAGCUUCGUCGCUACUAA